UUUUUUUUCUCCAUCCGAAGCACAAGACUCUUUCUUCCAUUCUUUUUUGAGAUAGCUCAGAUGAAAGCUGCCAUUCACUGAAGCAAAUCCUAACUUUAAGCUUUGGGGAGCCUUGAAAUACUCCCUUCAAGGACUCAACGCAGGAAGUUCUUCGAUACGAAAUUCCCGUGACCUUUAACAUCGACAAAAAUGGAUGAACCAGAGGACGACAUGGUUCUAGCCCUCUCAACCUCAACGCUCGACGCCCUAAAAGAGUUCUACGCCGAUCGAGAUGCGCGGCUAAAGCAGUUCGAGGAUCUCAAAAAUAUCGCUGAAGAGAAUGCCUCUAGCAAUAUCCCAUUGACUAUGGAUGCCUUUGCGGAAGAUUGGAAUGAGAGUCAGUUUUGGUAUUCUGAUGAGACGGCUAAGACGCUGGCUGAGGAGGUGCUGAGGGGAGCGGAUAGGAAGAAGAGUAUUGCAGUUAUGAGCGCGCCGAGUGUGUUUGUCCAGUUGAAGAAUUUGUUGGCUGAGAGUGGGAAAGAUGCAGACGAGAAGCCGACACUCUACUUGCUUGAAUUUGAUAGGAGAUUUGAGGUCUUUCCGGAGUUCGUGUUCUAUGAUUUCAACGAUCCGUUAAGUUUACCACCUCGGAUGAAGGGGACCGUUGAUAAUAUCAUUUGCGAUCCACCUUUUCUCAGUGAGGAUUGUCAUACGAAAGCGGCUAUGACAGUCCGAUGGCUGUCAAAAUCCUGGGGAGUAGCAGACGACAAACGGUCAACAGACCCGCGUCUCAUCAUCUGCACAGGAGAGCGAAUGGAGACCCUAAUCAACAAGCUCUACCGCCCACAAGGCAUUCAAACAACCACCUUUGAGCCCGUCCACUCAAAGGGUCUGAGUAACGAGUUCCUUUGCUACGCGAACUUCGAGUGCGACAACUGGAAAUGGAAAGAGCAAGGUGGUUCUGGGUUAUGAGGUCCGAUUUUGUUGAAAUCAUGCAGUGGCUUCUAGUAGCCGGGUAUUGGUACAUGUGUAAAUACUAACGCCUUGAAAUGCGAUGCCUUUCCUAUAUCAAGCUGCCUUUAUACUAAUGACUGGAUCAUGAAGUCAACUUAACAAACUGGUCUGAAAAUCCUGCCGCCGUCUAUGCCAAU